UUAUCUCUGUCCCGGAUUUCGCCCAUUCGCGCACCACGGUUUAUAUGCAGCUCCAGCCCAUUCCAAAGUUAUUUCUGACCCGGACUUUGCCAUUCGCACAUCACGGUUUACACGCAGCUCCAGCCUAUUACAUUACGACUUUUUGCCCACACCGACACUUUGCCUCGAACGGAACUCCAUCCGCAACAUUGUUCACUCGGGACUUUAUGAUAUCCAUGUCUGGUUCGUCCACGACUCAUCUUAUGACUUUUAUACCUUAUGACAUUUUUAUGACUUUGACUUCCGACACUUUCUUAUUUAUCGUCCGACCCAUGUCACUCCUUCAUACACCCUUUUCUCCUUUCUCUGUCUUAUUUAUCGUCCGUCCCGCGUCAUUCCUUCAACAUAUAUUACUCCAACCGUUGUCACUCUUUUACGAUACCCCCCAUGCCACUUUUACCUUAGUUCCCAUGCUGCCUUAUGCCCUAUGCUACUUUUUCCUCUAUGCCAUGACUUUAUGGAAAAAUAAAACACGAUUUUUAAACUUCGCGCUGAGAUCAGCGCGGCAUUAGUGCA